CCUCAGCCAAUGAGCGACUCUCCCGUUUCCGAGAAGCUGCGGCCGCUGCCGGGCAUUGGGAUCGGGGUCGGAGUGGGAUCGGGGGCUGCAAUGGGGACGAUGGGCGCAGGUCGCCGCCUCCUCCUCUCGCUGAGCCCCGAGAGCCGGCGCUGCGCUGCGGGGAUGGGUCUGAUGGCGGCCUCGGCGCUGGGUGAGAUGGCCGUCCCCUACUACAUGGGCCGUGCCAGCGACUGGGUGGCCCGCGAGGACGAGCUGGCAGCCAUCCUGCCCAUGGUGCUGCUGGGCCUCAGCAGCGCUGUCACCGAGCUGGUGUGUGAUGUGAUCUUCGUGGGGACGCUGAGCCGCACGCAGAGCCGCCUGCAGCGCCGUGUCUUCGCUGCCGUCCUAAGGCAGGACAUUGCUGAGCUGCGAGCUGAUGGGGCCGGGGAUGUGGCCACGCGGGUGACGCGGGAUGCAGAGGACGUGCGGGAAGAGCUGGGUGAAGCACUGAGCCUCCUGCUGUGGUAUCUGGCACGUGGCAUCUGCCUCUUUGCCACCAUGGCCUGGUUGUCCCCACGCAUGGCACUGCUCACCAUGCUGCUGCUGCCCCUGCUGCUGGCCCUGCCCAGGGCUAUGGGGCGCUUCCGGCAGGGCCUGGCACCACAGAUGCAGAAGGCUCAUGCCCGGGCCAGCGAGGUGGCAGUGGAGACCUUCCAGGCCAUGGCCACUGUGCGUAGCUUCGCCAAUGAGGACGGGGUGGCUGCAUGUUACCGGCAGCGCCUGCAGCAGAGCCACAGCCUGGAGAAGAAGGAUGUAGCCUUCUAUAUUGUCAACCUCUGGACCAGCGGUUUCUCAGCACUGGCUCUGAAGAUGGGGAUCCUCUACUAUGGGGGGCAGCUGGUGGCUGCGGGGACCGUCAGCACCGGGGACCUCGUUACCUUCCUCCUCUACCAGAUGCAGUUCACUGAUGUCAUAGAGGUCUUGCUCUGUUAUUACCCCACACUGACAAAGGCUGUGGGCUCUUCAGAGAAGAUCUUUGAGUUCCUGGACCGGGAGCCCAAGGUGGCACCCUCGGGGACAAUGGCACCCAGUGAGCUGCAGGGCCACCUCCAGCUGGAGGACGUUUGGUUCUCCUACCCUGGGCGCCAGGAGCCCGUCCUCAAGGGUGUAUCGCUGGAGCUUCACCCUGGGGAGGUGCUGGCCCUGCUGGGACCCCCAGGUGCAGGGAAGAGCACUCUGGUGGCCCUCGUGUCCCGCCUGCACCAGCCCACAGCCGGACGCCUGCUGCUGGAUGGACACCCCCUCCCCACCUACCAGCACUCCUACCUGUGCCGCCAGGUGGCCGUCGUCCCCCAGGAGCCGCUGCUCUUUGCCCGCUCCCUCCACGACAACAUCUCCUAUGGGUCGGGGGGCUGCAGCCGCGAUCAGGUGACAGCUGCUGCCCGCCGGGUGGGUGCCCACAACUUCAUCACCCGCCUGCCCCAAGGCUACGACACAGAGGUGGGUGAGUUGGGGGGCCAGCUCUCCGGGGGACAAAGGCAGGCGGUGGCCAUUGCCCGUGCGCUGCUGCGGGACCCCCGCAUCCUCAUCCUGGACGAGCACACCAGUGCCCUGGACGCUGAGAGCCAGCAGCAGGUGGAGCAGGAAAUGCUGGCAGCCAGAGGGAAGGGGCGUGCAGUGCUGAUGGUGACGGGUCGGGCAGCUCUGGCGGCGCGGGCACAAAGGGUGGCGGUGCUGGAGGGGGGAGAGGUGCGCCAGCAGGGACCCCCCGACGAGGUGCUGCGCCCCGGCAGCCGCACGUGGCACCUUCUGCAGGACUGGGGACAAAAAGGAGCAACGGGGGAGGGGGACAGAGGGAGCAGGGGGGAGGGAUAGCGGGAGAGAUGGAUGGGGACAGCGGGGGGAGGCGGCUGUGGGAGGGGGAAUGGGUACGCUGCGCGUUGGGACGGCGACAAGGGACCAGCAGAGCUGUGCCGUGGGUACGUGGAUGGCGAGCCGGGCGCGCUGCGGUAUCGCUGCUGUGUGACACGCAACGGCCGCUGCAUGGACUGCGGUGCCACUGAGUGCCACCAGGGCCGGGGGUGGGACGCAGAAGUGGGAAUAAAGCCGCGUGUUUGUA